GGAUAAUUUAAUUAAUUUUCCAAAAAUAUAUCUACAGCCUUUUUAUCUUAAUUUUAAAAAAAUGUCCCACCACCAACACCAACAAACACCCCCUCCAUCAUCUAGGCCUCCCUCACUUUUGGAUUCCCAACAAUUAAAUUUACAACAAUUUGAAAUACAAAACAAUAAUUAUUUUAAUACCAACAAUAAUCAACAAAAUAAUUUUGUCGAUCCUUUUAUUGGGUUUUCCCCUCCAAUUAAUUUAUUAAUUAAUGGAGAACACCAACAACAAUUAAUUAAUAAUAACGACAAUUUAAUUCCUCAAUCUCCACCUCCACUUCCUUCUUCUUCUUCUUUUAUUUCUUCUUCUUCUCCAAUAAAAGUUGAUUCUUCUAAUAAAUUUCUUUCACCUCAACAAUUAUUAAUUAAUGGAGAAGAGGAGGAGGAAGGAGAUAAAAUUGGGGAAAAUAAUUUUUGUCUUUCCUUAAUUGGAGAUAAUUUAAAUUUAAAUAAUUUGCAAAAAACAUCAAAACAAAAACAUCGUGGAAGGGAGGAAAUUAAAAUUGAUCCUUCAACAACAACAAUAACUGAAGAAGAUCAAAAACCUCCAAGCGACCCAUCUAUUCAAACAAACUAUGGAAAAUAUUCAAAUAAUAAUGGAAAUAAUAAUGAUUCUAAAUGUUCUGUUGAUAGAAUGCUUUUAAAAAGAAAAUUACAAAGAAAUAGGACUUCUUUUACACAAGAACAAAUUGAAAGUUUAGAAAAAGAAUUUGAAAACUGUCAUUAUCCAGAUGUUUAUUUGCGAGAAACUUUGGCUCACAGAAUUCAUUUGCCUGAAGCUAGAGUUCAAGUUUGGUUCAGCAAUAGACGUGCCAAGCAUCGCCGGGAAGAAAAAAUGCACAAACAAGGAAUUCAACCCCAACAAAUUAGAAAUAAUAAUUUAAUUAACGAUCAAUUAAUGGCCGUUUCUGGAACUCCAAAUUCAAUGAUUUCUACUUCUUCUAGUGGCCCCUCAGCUAAUAAUAAUAACAAUAAUAAUGAUAAUAUUAAUGGGCAUUCAUUUGAACAAAGAAUUGAUAUUAAAAAUAUACCAAAUUCUCCAUCUCUUUCUUCUGCCACGGCAACUGGGCAAUCAACAAACAAUAAUAAUUCAGAAUCAACUACCUCAACACUCCAUCAAUUAGGAGUUCAGGAAAGCUCAACAACAACAACAACAAAUAACAGAACAAAUACUAGAAAUAACAAUACAGACAAUUCAGCAUUACCAACAACAUUUCGUUCAUUUCCUUCAAAUAUUUAUUCUUCAUUUGCAGCAUUUGGUGAUCAGUCAUUAACCACAAGAAAUGGAGUUUCUGGAUUAUUAACAUCAUCGGGAGGAUUAUUACCUAAUAAUUCACUACAAACAAUGACAAAUAAUAAUUAUAUGGAUCCUUAUAGCAGUAACUUUGGAGUGCCCCAACCAAAUUUAAAUGAUUAUAAUAUGUUAUCCACAGCAAGAUAUGAUUUUACUCGAUAUCCUCGCCACCCCGAUCAAACAGCUUCAAUGACUGCAACAUUCCCUGCAUCUGCUGUUACCACAGCAAUUCCUGGAUUAAGUCUAAAUAUUUCUGUCGGACAUCCACCACCUACCAAUAAUUGGGGAACUGGAACAGAUCCAAGCUAUCAUUGGCAACCAUGA